AUGUCUUCCCCGAAAUCUCGUGCUCAAUCUUCCUCUGUUCCAGUUCUUCCAGAUUACAUUACUGGGGCUGGGAUUGAUAAGCAUACGAUAGAGGUUAGGAGCAAGCUCCAUCCUUUUGCCCAGAAAAACCUAGACGAAAAUGUCCUCCAUUUGUUCGAAAACACCUUGGUGCUGGGGCCUCACUGGUUUGGUCCCGUUCCUCCCGAGAUGGCAGAGCUGAUGAAGAAGGAUGUUGAGGCCCCUCUAUGUUUCGAGAGUUCUUCUGCUCUGGCUUCUCACUCUUGGGUUAGCAAGAAUUUGAGCCAUUCGUUCCCGUCUAGUGAAGUGAGAAACAGUCCAGUCAAAUGGGCUGAUUGGAUUGACAGACUUCUUCCCCGUUUGGGGCUCACUGGAGGCGGGCUGGAAUUUAUGACGCCAUACUCCUAUCUAGGCAAUCUAUCAACAGGGAUGAGAACCUGCUUGCUGCUGCUCUGUGUUUCUGGAAUUCUGCCAGUAACACUUUCGAUUUUCGUAUAG